UUGUGCAUUAACUAAUAUAAGAAAGCAUCUCUUCAACACUUGAAAUGCAACACAAUUAUUGUAAAGCUUUUUGAAGAGGGAAACAAAGAGAAUUACAGCGAGUGGAUAUAUCUUGUCAGAGAAAUAUUAUAGUUAGAGAAAUGAGUUCUACGAUUCAAGUUACACGGCAUGUUGUGUGCAUUCCAUUUCCAGCUCAAGGUCAUAUAAAUCCAAUGUUGAAACUAGCAAAACUUCUUCAUAACAAAGGCAUCCAUAUCACAUUUAUCAACACUGAGUUUAAUCAUAAACGUUUAAUCAAGUCGAGGGGACUUGAUUCUGUUAAAGGCUUACCUGAUUUUCAGUUCCAUACAAUUCCAGAUGGACUACCACCAAGUGAUAUUGAUUCAACACAAGAUAUUGAUUCUCUUUGUUUCUCCACCAAGAAAAAUUGUGGAGUUCCAUUUCAGAAUCUCCUUGCUAAACUUAAGGAAACACUGGAUAUUCCUCGUGUUACUUGUGUGGUUUCUGAUGGGCAUAUGAGUUUUACACUUGCAGUUGCUAAAGAGUUUGGACUCCCCGAGUACUUGUUUUGGACUACUAGUGCUUGUGGUUUCAUGGGUUAUCUCCAUUAUCGUCAUCUCCUCGAAAAAGGUCUCAUUCUGCACAAAGAUGAGGGUUGCCAAACAAUUGGGUUCCUUGAAACUAUAGUCGACAUUCCUGGAUUUAACAAUAUCCGGCUUAUGGAUUUCCCUGCUUUUGCACGAAUAACAGACCCUAAUGAUAAAAUGAUCGAGUACAUUCUUGGAGAAACAGAGAAUGCAACAAAAGCUUCAGGUAUCAUCUUGAACACAUUUGAUGAGUUAGAGAAUGAAGUUGUAGAAGCAAUGCGGUCCGGGAGCUUAUCACUACCUCCUCUUUUCACACUUGGUUCUCUUCAUUCACCUAUCGAUCAAACUCAGCAAACAGAUGAGUUAAAGUCUGUUGGCUCUAAUCUAUGGAAAGAAGAACCAGAAUGUCUACUAUGGCUCGAUACCAAAGAACACAACUCAGUCGUUUAUGUGAAUUUUGGCAGUAUCACUGUCAUGACAACACAACAGUUGGUCGAAUUCGCUUGGGGACUAGCUAACAGUAAGCGAACUUUCUUGUGGGUCAUUCGACCUGAUUUAGUCCAACAAGAUUCUGCAAAGUUACCUAUAGAGUUCCUUGAAGAAACAAAAGAAAGAAGUCUGUUUCCAAAUUGGUGUCCACAGGAGGAGGUAUUGAACCACCCUGCCAUAGGUGGGUUCUUAACACAUUGUGGUUGGAAUUCAACUCUAGAGAGUAUCUACAGUGGUGUUCCUAUGAUAUGCUGGCCGUUUUUUGCCGAACAACAAACAAAUUGUAGGUAUGCAUGUAAGCAUUGGGGAAUCGGUAUGGAGAUUGAUAAUUUUGUAAAGAGGGAUGAAGUCGAGGAUUUGGUUAAAGAACUGAUGGAAGGUGAGAAGGGCAAGGAAAUGAAGAGUAAAGCCAUGGUAUGGAAGAGGAAAGGUAUGGAAGCGGUUGCACCUGGUGGCUCAUCUUAUGUUAAUCUGAACAAGAUCAUUGACGAAAUACUACAUGCUAGUAGUAAAAUUAUCAGUUGAGCUUGGAUUUUACCGACCAGUCUCCAAAUGUUUUGGUUCUUCUUCUGUUUUUCCGACUUGUGAAAGAGUGAUUUGUUUAUAGUCGUAAAAUUAAGUUCAUUGUAAAUGUAAAAGUUUAUCUUUAUUUCACCUAUGAAUGAUAGAAUCAUA